AUGUCUCUCCUCAGUUCACCCACGCCAUUCGGUGCGGCCACCGCCGCCCGCCGUCGCCUCCCGCCCGCCGCCCCACUCCCGGGCCGCCGCGCCGCGCUGCACGUGGCGCUCGCGCGCCGGACCGGCGUCUCGUCCCGCACGCAGCGGCGCCUCGAGGAGCGCGGCGGCAAGAAGCGCCGCGGCGGCGUCGAGACGCCCGACGCCGACGAGGACACCGGCCCGGCGUGGGAGGGCGUGGAGUGGGAGGGGGAGCCGCUGGGGUUCGAGGUGUCGACGGAGCCCAUGCCGUACCUGCCGGACCCGGAGAAGCCCGACUUCUGGGAGGGGCCCAACAUGGAAGUCCUCGGCUUCUUCGUGCAGUACAUGUGGGCCUUCGGCGUCUUCUUCUCUUUGGUUGCUUGUGGCGUUGCCGUGGCUACAUAUAACGAUGGGGCAUCAGACUUCAGAGACACUCCUGCUUUCAAGGAAUCAACCCAAGCCCAGGAGUUCCCGGAAGAGUCAGAAUCAUCGGGCGCCGAUGUGUUUGAAGGUAAUCCAACUGAGGUAGCACCAGCUCUUGAGUAG